AUUCACCAUGGGCGGCAUAGUUUCAACUAUGAAGGACGGAGCGAAUGCCCUUGUCUCUGGCGCACGACUUUUGACAUCCCUUAAUACGCGAUACCAGAAUCUCUUCAAGAGAAUCAAUUCGGAGCCUCCAUUGCCUCUCCCCAACCCCACCCAGCCGUAUUGGCUUGACGACGCGCCAUUCCCAGAGCUCAAUGAGUGCAAGGAUCCAUUGCCCAAUGAAGCAGAUCUUGUUAUUAUUGGGAGUGGAAUAACCGCAUCGGCAGCGGCAAAGACAAUCCUUGAGCUCAAACCCAAAGAGUUCAAGGUGCUCGUUCUGGAGGCAAGAGAGAUAUGCAGCGGCGCCACGGGUAGAAACGGCGGACACAUAAAGUCUGAUCCAUACCGAGACUUUAUUGACCACCGUAAGACGCUUGGAUCAGACGAAGAAGCAUGUCAAGUUGUGCGUUUCCUGAUGAAGCACCUCCCUACAUUCAAGGAGUUUGCCGACACGUUUCCGCAGGCUCAGAUUCGAGAGGUGGAAACGGUCGACUUCUUCAUGGUGGAAAAGGAUUUUGAGCUAGCGAAAAAGGACGUCGCAAUUACUCAAAAAGCCCUGCCAGAAAUUGAGAUGCGCAUCUGGGAUAGAGAGGAGACGCGUGCAAAGUAUGAUGCAAAUGAGUUGGUGGUUGGAGCGGUCUCGUACAAGGCUGGCGCCAUGUGGCCGUUCCGAUUCGUCACAAGUCUAUGGAAGCAGCUCCUAGACAAGUACGACAACUUGACGCUAAUGUCACAUACACCAGCCCUGGCUGUGCGAAACAUAGGCGCGGCCUAUGAAGUAGAGACGCCCAAAGGCACCAUCAAGGCGACGCACGUUUUGCACGCUACCAAUGGUUGGGCUGGACGUCUAUUACCGGAAUUGCGCCCAUGUCUUACGGGAUUACGGGGACACAUGAGUGCUCAAAAACCCGGAGAUAACUUCCCGGGCACAAACGGGCAAAGAUCGUGGUCUAUGAUCUAUCUUCCUGGGUUUGACUACGUCACUCAACUCCCUGACAACGAGGAUGGGACUCAUGGCGAUGUCAUGAUGGGUGGUGGAUUCUUCAGAAGUGUUGAGGAGGGAAUCGAUAAUAUUGGAAUAUGGGACGACACCACCAAAGACGCCAUGACCAUGGUGCAUGUUCAUGGAAUAAUGCCGACACUGUUUGAACCGAAAUGGGGCAUUGGCGGCGGCCUUCGAAAGGCCUGGUCAGGCAUCAUGGGAUAUACCGGCGACUUUAGACCCUUUGUGGAUCGUGUUCCAGAGAAAGGAAACAAGAAUAAAAAUGGUAAAGGCCACCAGUGGAUUGCUGCUGGGUUUAAUGGCCACGGCAUGGUGUGGUCAUGGCUGAGUGGUACGGCUAUUGGCAUCAUGAUUGCUGGAAAAGAAGAGGAUGUUCUUGAGAAGAGCAUGGGAAGACCAGCAGGCAAAUUGGAUGACUGGUUCCCGAGGAAAGCGGUGUCCUUUGAUGACAAGAGGCUCAAGGCGGCAAAUUUGAAGAACUUGGCUGGUGAAAUGUAAACUGAGGGCAAAGUGAGCAGCCACUGAUUUGCCACCCCCAUCUCUAUUUCUACCCCAGUGUGUGCUGAAAAUUAAUCAAUAUAAAGUAACUACCUA